CCACAAAACUAAAUACUGUUUCAUUAAGUAACAACAAAAAAGUGUCUAAAAAAUCAUGCGGAUGUUUCAAGCCCCAUUCCAAGUUCAGUGUAGUUCAGUUCAGAGGAAAUGGGAGUGACACUUCACUGGAAUCAACGAACGCCAUUCCAGUCAGACGUUCCCAAAUGAGGAAGUCUGCAGCUCCCAACAAACUGACCAUUGCGACGGCAUUUAUCGAGCUGGAUCAAAUUGUAAUUUUAGUCAAAAAUUGAAGUCUUCUGCUCACCGAGGUCAACUAGACUGCUUGGAUUAAAAGAGAAGAAGCUCGGUCAUCUUUUUUCAAGAAUGAUUUUCAUUGUUGCUGUUGUUGUUGUAGGAAACAUCGCCACUUCAGCGUCUCUCUCUGGAGUGAAUCUUGAUUGCACCAACGACUAUGAGAAUUGGACGUCUUGUCACUUUGACGCUCCAAACUGCACUGACUAUAAUGUGACUCUGCGGAGCCUUGACGGGUAUGGUGAGACCCACUGUCUCCCCGUUGAGUGCGCAAGCGAAAAAUGCUGCUGCUCCAUCCAUAUGCUUCUCAUACUUGACGAGAAUCACACGGCAUUUGUCCGGCGACGUGGCGAAUAUGUGGAGUCCAAAAACAUAAGUGUGAAAUACAGCUUCAAACCCCAAACCCCAAGCAUCGUCUCAGUGAAUGAGACCAAUGGGAAUUUUCAAGUCAUUUGGAGGACAAACAUCAACAAACGCCAUAUAAGAGAAAUAAUAAGCACACUUCUGACUUACCGCAAAAAAGGAGAAACAGAAGAGAUGACUGAAGUCGUCAAAGCACCACAAGUGGAGACGCAACUGUGCUUCUUGUGUUUUACCUCUGAAAUACUUGGCGCACACUUGGAGCCAAGCACAACCUACAUUGUCACAGCGCAGAACGUACUGCCUUGGAAAAGCCCACAGAGUGACCGUAGCGAGGAGUACGAAUUUACAACCCCAGCGUCCCGUGAGAGUCUCCUGCUGACCCUCAUCAUUACUCUUAGUCUACUCGCCAUCACCAUCAGCAGUGGGGCAUACGUCUGCUAUGUCAAGUGUAGAGCCAAAUAUUGGGACUCAGUCAGCAGUCAAAAUUCCAAACUUCUGAAUAUUUAUCCGAGUAAGGAAGAGGUUUUGAAGCCUAUGCCCCCCAUCAUCUCAUCAAUCUAUGUUGAGACCCUCAUACCAGGGGACCUCAAACCAUGGUCAAAGGGCUCCCUAAUUGAUAGCAGCACCGAGAGUCUCCUUCAAAGCAGCGGAAUCGGUAGCGGUCCGCCUUCUCUCAGUUACGCUUGUACGGAGGCUGCAGACAUCAUCGCAGGGGUCCAAGGGGCGGUCAGCAAAGCCUUAAUGAACAUCAUCCCGGCAUCAGCUUCAACUAACCAUCUUCUGAAAGAGUCCAGCAAACCCAACGGUGUCUCGUCCACUCGACCCAGUCCCUGCAAUAGCGAGCAACAUUCAGGAUGUGAAAACGCAGUAACAUACUCCUUUAUCAGGCCAGUUCAUGUCAUACCUGAAACUUUGAAAAUUCACGCCCAGCCUCAACUGCCCUUCGAAUGUGGAUACCAAGGCACGGGAAGCGUCUCUACGUGCGCCGACAAGCGAGGUUCAGCUUGUGAAGAAAACUCAUUCCCAACCUUGGUGUCUUCCUACACACUGACUCCCGCAUCUCGCCAGCAGGCUAACAGAGACUCUGGGAGGUUUUCGAUUGGUGAAAACUCAGACGCAUCCCUCAGCUGCAGCAACGCAAGCCUGUCUGGAGAUGUUGCAUGCAGAAUGGAAACAGGACAUGAGGGCUGCCAAGAGAUGUUCAUCAGUCGGGCUUGUAGCAAGUGGGAGGAUGCCACCAAGGAGGGUAAAGCGCUCCUCUGCAUCCCUGCGAGUUUACAAGGCCAUUUUCCGGUAGAUGAUAACUACCAAGUCCAUCGGUGCUUAAAGGAGCUUCGGGAUAGACCAUUUGAAGAGGAGACACAUCUUAAAAAUCAAGACUUGAGCAAGGCGUUGGAAAAUUACUCAAAAGAUGCCCUAAAAAGUGAUACCGGCUCCCGUGCACACUCAACCCACAGUAUUCUGGUUGAUGACAACUACCAAGCAGUUCAGGACUUAAGGGAGCUCACUGGUAGUCAAAUUGGAGAGCCAAAAAGUAGCAAAAUAACCCUGGACAACGUUGUAGGAAAUCUUUUAGAUGCUGUCAGAAAAAGUGAUACCUGCGUCCCUACAAUCUCAAACUUUGGUUGUCUUGUUGAUGACAACUACCAAGUGAUUCAGGGCUUAAGGAACCAGACCGAUUUAAAAGUUCCAGGCCAAAGAAGUGGCACAAAAGAUGACCGGGUGAAGGUUUUGAAAACUACUUACGACGAUGCCGCUGAAAGUGACAACCUCUCACCCGAAAGCUUACAAGACAGUCUUCCAGCGGGUGACCACUGCAAAGUCAUUCAGGCCUUAUCCAAGCAGUGUGAUAGCAAGUUUGCACAACAUAAAGAUAUUAAGAAAAAAGACUUGAGAGAGGCUUUUGAAAUUUCACUACCCGUAAUGCCUGGAGGCCCAGUAACAGCUGUGUCGACCGACCAUGUUCACAGUCGCAAACAUUUCCCAGAGUCCCAAAUGCCUAUUUUGCCAUCGGUCUCUACUGCCCUCAGAAAUCGCAUGAUCAUUGAGAGUGGCUACAAAAUUGUGUAGCAUGGAACAAAUGUAUUCAUUACCUCCUCCAAUGCGAUCCUGUGCAUUUCUAGCUUUGUACAUACAGCAUGUUUGAGUUCACAACUACCUGAACCCAUGUUGAUGUAAGUUUGUCGACUGCUGGAUUCUCACACUUGAAAACCUUUUUUAAAAAAUCUGGAAUGUGAUGUUUUGUCAACAGAUUUACUUUACAGCGCUCCUCAUUCAAUCAUGAGCAUCAUUGUGUAGCUUGAAAGGCGCUAUAUCGAUCUUCCCUGGUGGAGGUAAAAGGUUAAAGUAUAUACAUGCAUAUACAGUAUGUAUGUGUGUGUGUGUGUGUGUGUGUGUGUGUGUGUGUAUAUAUAUAUAUAUAUAUUUUUUCUUUUUUGUGAUGGUAACUUUUUGUGCUUUUGCUCUGUCGUUUAGUGGGAUUUAUCAUAAUUGUGGUGUCAUAAAAAUAUUUAUUUGGAUCUGUUAUUUUUGUAAAGUACACAUCUGCAAAUAAAGUUGGACAAAUUUCGACAUAAA